AUGUCAUCUUGUCAUGUUGGUUAUUCAACACAAAUCGAUCUUCAUGGAAGUAUAAUGAUAUAUGGUACAAUAAUUGAUAUUGAUCAAUAUCGAAAUAUUCAUUUGAAAAAUGUUACAGUAGCACGCCCGCUGCAAACAUCUAUCUCACUUUGUAGGUUGUGUGUUCGAUUUAGUACUGUGAGAUAUGUUCGAAUACCGGAUGAUAUUGAUGUUAUGGAAACAAUUAAACAGGAUCUCAAACGACAUAAUCCUGAUCGAACAAAAGUUAUUGGUGGUGGACAAAAGAAAAAAAUAAAACAAAGUGAUAUACAAAAUAGAGAACAAUUAAGUCCAUUACGUUCAAAUGAUUUUUAUAAUGAUAUUGAUGAAAGAGUAUGA